AUCGCUUCUAACGCAAAUUAGCUACGCUGCCGUUGAUCUUCUUGCUCGGCAGUAUCGCCACGCUGAGGCUGCUGUAAAGGGAAACAAAACGCUGCCGCCAUAUGCAACUUCAUGCCACUUCACACAACAAUACGCAAUGCCUUGCGUUCAUUAUAUCGCUGAGAAGGACCUAAACAAGCCGCUACUUCAAAUCCGAGACCCAGAUGUCGUUGAGAAUCUACAAGGCCGGCCGAGAUUGCCUCAGAAUAGCAGAGUUCCCGUUAAUCGCAACUUGCAGCCAAUUACAACGCCCUCCCUGCCGACCUCUAGUCAACCGGGCGGUCGGAGACUACCCUCAAGCAUACGGCGCACUCGAACGGCGGCAGAGGUUGAAGCUGCUAGUCAAGGAGCCUCGCAGACGAGGCCAAAGCAAUCACGAGUUACAGGAAGCAAUAGAGGCCGAGGAAAUCGAGGAGGAAGACAGAGAGGCCGCGGCCGGGCCUCGGGCACUCAAGGCACUCAAGGCACUCAACGCCUUGCAGUUAUAGAAGAAAGCAGCACUGCAGAUGCCGCUGCAGAGGUUGAGGAAGUUAUCCCGGCAACGCAAAUAGAGCCCUAGAAAACACAGUUGCAAUAGCUUCAUUUUGCAUUUCUAGCUAUAGUACC